CGAGGUCUUUUACCGUAACUAGGAAUAUGUGGUUACUUUUCGACGAACAUGGCAGCUGUUACCAAACAGCAGCUGCUCUUCAGCUCAACGUUCCUGUGGUUAGCUUAGUCUGUUGUACUUUGAUCUUUGAUAUUGACGUUGCUGUGUUGACGAGGCGGAAGCGACUGACGGAACCAGAACUGUCAUAUUAAAAGUCAACAAUAACCAGGCAUCAAGAACAGACCUGGAACUUCUUUGUUUACAAGAUGAAGAUGUGCCAACAACUGGAUCAGUUUUCCUCAGAGCUGUCAGUUCACAGCAGAGUUAUCUGAUUUCACUGCCUCUAAUUCCUCAAAACAAACCGUUUUCAAUGUUGAUCUGAAGAGUUCGGAUCAGACCUCAUUGCUUAUUGGAGUGAUUUGAGCUGCUGACAGGGUUCAAUUCUUCGUUUUCAUCAAUGCGUCAGUGGAAGGUUUUCUUCAGUCAGCACAUGCGAUGGUCCAGCGCUUUGACUCAAGCCCUCACUCUGUCCGUCAUCACGUUCUGCGUCGUCCUGCCUCUGUGCUGCCACCGCCUGCUCUACUCCUACUACUUCUUCAGGUUCGUGUACCUGAACUCCAUGAGCGAUGAGGUCCUACAGAAGAGCCUUGAGCGAGGCCAGGAUGCUCUGCACUUCUGGCAGAGCGGCUCUCCAAUGGAGUCGACCAGAUUCAGCGACGUCGCCCAGAAUCCGGAGCUGCUGGUGACCGUGGUGACGGCCAGGCGCAACGAGGGACGGGACUUCCACUACCUGCUCCAGGUGAUGCAGCAGCUGAGCAGAAUCGCGGGCGGCUGUGGGGGUCGGCGAUGCGCCGAGGUGCUGCUUUGUGACGUGGAGAGCGGCCCAGAGGAAAACCAGGACGCAAAGCUGCUGGAGGGUCACUUCAAGGUCAUACGGCGUUCAACUCAAGAGCAGCAGGCCAACAGGGAGUCACCCAACACCUUCGAGAGAGAGAAGAGGGAUUACGUGUUCUGUCUCCGCCAGGCGUGGGAGCUGGUCAAGCCCAAGAACAUGAUUCUCCUGGAGGACGACGCUCUGCCUGGAGAGGACUUCUUCAGGGUGGUUAAGGAUCUGCUUUCUCGCCGGUUCGCCCUCCACACGCUGUACGUCAAGCUGUAUCACCCUGAAAGGCUGCAGCGCUACUGGAACCCCGAGCCGUACCGCAUCCUGGAGUGGGUGGGGCUCGGUUUGGUGGGGGCAACCGCGCUCCUCCUGUCAAUCCCUUACUGUAACCCCGGCUUCCUCUCCUUCACUCUGUCAGCCAACCACCUCGUCUUCUUCACCCUCUACUUCAUGGUGGCCGCCGAGCUGAUAGGCAGGCACUACCUCUUGGAGGUGCGGAGAAUUUCCCCGCAGCUCUACGCCGUCUCCCCGGCAACAGAGUGCUGCACCCCGGCCAUGCUUUUCCCCGGCAACGCCUCGCUAACGGUGGCAGACUUCCUGGAUGGCUCGUUUUGCUAUAAAGGGAACGCUAAGGAUAUGGUUCUUUACCGCAAGGCCAGGACCACUCCUGGAGAACGAGCGCACAGCGUGGAACCCAACCUCGUCAAGCACAUCGGGGCCUAUUCCUCCGUCAGGCCCAACCCAUUAAGGCCCAAACUCCUCUAAAAAACCACUUCACUGCAAAAACACAAAACAUUACCAAGUUUUGUUUCGGUCUAGUUUUUAGUGCAGAUAUAAUAGUACACUUAAAAUAAGACACAAAUAACUUAUAAGUAACUUUUCAUCAAGAUAAAGUAGCUUAUUUUAGCUCAAUAAUUUCUUAGCAUUGGUGAAAAUGUAUUAGUUUCUCUGGCAGAUUAUUUGACUUAUAACAUGGGAAAAUGUCUUGUUGUGCACUGAAACAAAGAAUUGAGCUCCAGCUUAUAAAAAAAGUAGUUAAUUUGUUACAUGUGAUCACAUCAAGUUUGCCUAGCUAUAAUAUAACUUAAAAUAUUUACGUGGAUUAACUUAAUUUGAUUACUUGUAGCAAAUUAACUCAUUUUUUAAAAGUUGGAUCACAAGUUUUAUUUUUUUGCAGUGUAAGAGAACUACUACUUUUGUCACUUUUAAGGAAUUAUUUUCUUGAAACAUGCACUUUUAUAUUGCAGAAACUUUACUUGUGAGCCAGUUUGGUCUCAUUUCAAGUAUAUUAAGAUAUUUGCACUAAAAAUGAUUGUUAAGAUUUGU